GUAGAAGUUUGUGGAGCGCUUUCUCAGCGGCUGGUCCCAGACGGACCUCGGGCGCCUCGCUCUUCGGUGGCCGCCCCGUUUUCUCGGGAUUCUUUCUGUGGUGAUGGACUCUCCGGACGCUCUGUAAGGGAAGCUGAGAGCUGGCGGCGCGAGUUCAGAGGAGGAGGGCUGGGAAGUCCGUUCGCUGACAGCGGCGCGACUGAACGCGGACGGCGUCGGGCUCCGGCCGGCUGAGAGCUUCGCCUACCUUCCCGCGGCCUGUGCGCGGGCGAUGCUGCGGCCCCGAGGCGCGGCGCGGCGAGCACGGAGGGCGCCUCCGAGAGCCUAGAGCUGGUUUCCGCCCCCUUCCCCCGGGGCAAGUGGGCAUGGAACAGUGAGAGCCCCUCGCUCGGCGAGGCCGCGCGCGGAGGCUCCCCCAUGGCCGGGACAUACAGCUCCACAUUGAAGACUCUGGAGGACUUGACCUUGGACUCCGGGUAUGGGGCCGGCGACUCCUGCCGCUCGCUCAGCCUUUCGUCUUCCAAGUCCAACUCGCAGGCGCUCAACUCUUCGGCGCAGCAGCACCGCGGGGCGGCCUGGUGGUGCUACUCCGGCUCCAUGAACAGCCGCCACAACAGCUGGGACACGGUGAACACAGUGCUGCCCGAGGAUCCCGAAGUGGCCGACCUCUUCUCCCGCUGCCCGCGGCUCCCGGAGCUGGAGGAGUUCCCUUGGACCGAGGGAGACGUGGCCCGGGUGCUCCGCAAAAGCGUCGGCGGCCGGAGGCUGCCCUCGUUCUCCGCCGAGGCUGUGAGACGCUUGGCCGGACUCCUCCGCCGGGCGCUCAUCCGCGUGGCCCGGGAGGCGCAGCGCCUUAGCGUGCUGCACGCUAAGUGCACCCGCUUCGAGGUGCAGAGUGCGGUGCGCCUGGUGCACAGCUGGGCGCUGGCCGAGAGCUGCGCACUGGCAGCGGUCAAGGCGUUGUCCCUCUACAGCAUGAGCGCUGGGGAUGGGCUGCGCCGCGGCAAGUCGGCGCGCUGCGGCCUCACUUUCUCCGUGGGCCGCUUCUUCCGUUGGAUGGUGGACACUCGCAUCUCCGUGCGCAUCCAUGAGUACGCGGCCAUCUCGCUAACGGCUUGCAUGGAGAACCUGGUGGAGGAGAUCCGGGCCAGGGUGCUGGCGAGCCAGAGCCCAGAUGGCGGAGGGGCAGGAGGUGGAGAGGUAUCCGCUGAGGCCUUGGAGAUGGUCAUCAACAACGACGCCGAGCUCUGGGGAGUCCUGCAACCCUAUGAGCAUCUCAUCUGUGGCAAGAACGCCAAUGGUGUCCUCUCUCUCCCUGCCUACUUCAGUCCCUACAAUGGUGGGUCCCUGGGCCACGAUGAGCGAGCAGAUGCCUAUGCUCAGCUGGAACUUCGGACACUGGAGCAGUCACUCCUGGCCACGUGUGUGGGCAGCAUCUCCGAGCUCAGUGAUCUGGUCUCUCGAGCCAUGCACCACAUGCAGGGCCGCCACCCCCUGUGCCCAGGCACCAGCCCUGCUCGCCAGGCCCGCCAGCCACCACAGCCCAUCACGUGGUCCCCCGAUGCUCUCCACACACUCUACUACUUCCUGAGGUGUCCACAGAUGGAGUCCAUGGAGAACCCCAACCUGGAUCCCCCAAGAAUGACUCUGAAUAAUGAACGGCCCUUCAUGCUGCUGCCACCGCUGAUGGAGUGGAUGCGGGUUGCAAUCACCUAUGCAGAACACCGUCGCAGCCCCACUGUGGACAGUGGCGAUAUCCGGCAGGCAGCCCGGCUACUGCUGCCAGGCCUGGACUGUGAGCCCCGGCAACUCAAACCCGAGUGCUGCUUCAGUUCCUUCCGGAGGCUGGAUGCUCGAGCUGCUACUGAACGCUUCAACCAGGACCUGGGCUUCCGCAUGCUCAACUGUGGGAGAACAGACCUCAUCAGCCAGGCCAUCGAGGCCCUGGGCCCGGAUGGGGUGAACACAAUGGAUGACCAGGGUAUGACGCCGCUUAUGUACGCCUGUGCUGCUGGGGACGAAGCCAUGGUCCAGAUGCUGAUUGAUGCUGGAGCUAACUUAGAUAUCCAGGUUCCAAGCCACUCUCCCAGGCAUCCGUCCGUCCACCCCGACAGCAGGCAUUGGACCUCCCUGACAUUUGCGGUGCUACAUGGACACAUCUCUGUGGUGCAGCUGCUACUUGAUGCCGGUGCCCAUGUGGAGGGCUCAGCUGUGAACAGUGGGGAGGACAGCUACGCCGAGACACCCCUGCAGCUGGCCUCUGCAGCCGGGAACUAUGAGCUGGUCAGCUUGCUGCUGAGCCGGGGUGCUGACCCCCUCCUCAGCAUGCUGGAAGCCAACGGCAUGGCAUCUUCCCUCCACGAGGAGAUGAACUGCUUCAGCCACUCCGCUGCCCACGGCCACAGAAAUGUCCUGAGAAAGCUCCUGACUCAGCCACAGCAGGCUAAAGCAGAUGUGCUGUCUCUAGAAGAGAUCCUGGCUGAGGGUGUGGAGGAAAGCGACACAUCGAGCCAGGGCAGCAGUGAGGGGCCUGUGAGGCUAAGCCGAACCCGAACGAAGGCCCUGCAGGAAGCCAUGUACUACAGCGCUGAGCACGGUUACCUGGACAUCACCAUGGAGCUGAGGGCACUGGGUGUUCCCUGGAAGCUGCACAUCUGGAUAGAGUCGCUGCGGACCUCCUUCUCACAGUCACGGUACUCAGUGGUGCAGAGCCUCCUGAAGGAUUUCAGCUCCAUCAAGGAAGAGGAGUACAACGAGGAGCUGGUGACAGAAGGCUUGCAGCUCAUGUUUGAUAUCCUCAAGACCAGCAAAAACGACUCCGUCCUCCAGCAGCUGGCCACCAUCUUCACACACUGCUAUGGCACCAGCCCCAUCCCCAGCAUCCCGGAGAUCCGGAAGACCCUGCCAGCCAGGCUAGAUCCUCACUUUCUGAACAACAAGGAGAUGUCUGAUGUAACCUUCCUAGUGGAAGGAAAGCUGUUUUAUGCACACAAAGUCCUUUUGGUGACAGCAUCUAACAGGUUCAAGACCUUAAUGACCAACAAAUCAGAACAAGAUGGGGACAGCAGCAAAACCAUUGAGAUCAGCGACAUCAAGUACCACAUCUUUCAGAUGCUGAUGCAGUACCUGUACUACGGAGGAACCGAGUCCAUGGAAAUCCCCACUGCUGACAUCCUGCAGCUGCUGUCAGCUGCCAACCUGUUCCAGCUAGAUGCCCUGCAGAGACACUGUGAGAUCCUGUGCUCCCAGACCCUUAGUGUGGAAAGUGCUGUCAACACCUACAAAUAUGCCAAGAUCCACAACGCCCCGGAGCUGGCCCUCUUCUGUGAAGGCUUCUUCCUCAAGCACAUGAAGGCCCUGCUAGAGCAGGAUGCCUUCCGGCAGCUCAUCUAUGGCCGAAGCAGCAAAGUCCAGGGCCUGGACCCACUGCAGGAUCUGCAGAGCACCCUAGCAGAGCGAGUGCAUUCUGUCUACGUCACCUCCCGGGUGUGAGGCAGGAUGGAGGGGGACUGUUAUCUGAGGGCGUGCAAAGGUCUGUUAAGGCCAGAAACCACCAGUGACACCCCCAGUGGAAGGAGGCUUGUAGGCUUUAGGGGUACUUCCUGCUCUUCCCCUAGAUAACCAAUCAUCUGUGGUGUUGACCGACCCUUGGGUGAACAGAGUCCACUUCACUGUUGCUCAACCAGUAACUGGCAAGGGGGUGUAACAUAGUUGCACCUUGAGGGCCACCCUGUGCCCUCUCCCCUCCAGUGGCUCAGCAGCAAGCUCACCUCAGCUCCAGCUCUCGCCAUCCUGGCUGGACUGUUAGGGGCAUGGGCAUUCUUAUGAAUGUAGAAAAUGGAUCCUGAGCCCCAGGCCACUGGAUGCAGUAGCUGGUAUGCUUUGUUUUCCUAAACAGAGAAGAAAGGGUUUCCAAAUCCUGUCCUCCAAGCUGUGCCUUUGAAAGGGCUGGUGAGGUGGCCCCUGUCUGUGAAGACUGGACCUCUAGUCGCCUGCCCCACGAGACUACUAUGUUAGGAGUCUGAGCUCAGAGCUUCCGAGCUGAUGAUGGGCUACAGUACAGGAACUCAAGGACUUCCGCUCUUGCUGCUACAACUGGCAGCCAAAGUGAAGAGGUUGGUUCUAGGUCGGGCCUAGCUCUAAUGUGUCUGCAGGCUGAGGCAGCAGAGUGCCUUCCAGUUAGGACAGGGGUGCAAGAGCACACUUGUCACCUGGGAUCUGUGACUCUGGGGCAUGAAGGACAAGGCCUCGGUGGAAGAGAAGCUAUGUCCCCUCCCAUCCUGUCCUCAGUCUUGGCUCCCCAUCCUCUGGCCUGUUUGUGGACAGAUGCUGGGACAGCAUCAAGAACAGCUACCUUAGAAACUAUUUAUUCAUCAGAAGCCCCCAGGGCUUGCAAUCCUGGAAAGAUAUUUUCAACUUGCUGCUUGUGCGGGAUGUACAAAGGAAUGAAUGGUAUUUUAUUGCUGUAAUAUUGUAUAAUACUGUAACUAUACCUUAAUGUUGUUACUUACUGUAAAUGUGCUAUGGUUUUAUCAACAAUAAACACUCAUUAACAUUG